AUGUCCUUUCACAACGCCAAUACAUUUUCUUUUGCCCACCCUGAAGUACCCAGAUCGUUGAAUGGCGGGACGGUUUGGCUGGCUUCGCCAGACAAUCGUACAUUGGCUGGUAAUUCACCACGCUCUGCAGGAUUUCUGGAACAGUCUCCGCCGCCUACUUCGGAACCUUUGCUGGAUUGGGAUGCCUUUUCAACCCUCAUGAGGGCUUUCGAAGAUCGUGUAGUAUACGGAGACUAUGUGAAUGAUCUCGAUGAGACCAGCCAGUUGCCUCCAUUGGAGAGCCGGGAUACCGCGGAAAGUAGUCUCAAUGAACGUGUCGACGAUUCGGAACAGGAACUCCAGCUUGCCAUAGUCCCCAUUGAAACCGCUACUUCUGCUUGUAUUCCUCAAAGAUUGUAUCAGCCGCGAGGAGAAACUGAGCGAGAGAAAUACGUGCAAGCAGCGAAUUUAUCUUUGCCUAUCCUCUUCUGCGCAGAGAAGUCACAUGAGCUGGGUGUAGCCUUGGAAGAGAUUCUCAAAAAUUCGAGAUGUCUCAGCGAUAGGGAUGACCCGGUGUUCGAAGGGGGCGGCCAAUUUAUCUCAGUGAGAUUAGAGUGGCCCGGUUAUCCUCCCUGGAGUUAUCAGCUCCCUACCAGAGACUGUCGCAAGAUACGAGGGCCCAUCACCAAAGCCAAACUUGCAAAGAAACUUGCAACCUGCAUACGCAAAUUUAUUGAGAAAAUGGCGAUUCACCGCAUGGAGGCCGACUCUGACCCUAUGUGGAGGAUUAGUCCCCGUCACAUAAAAUUUGAAGAUCUCAUACUCAUCAGUUUAAUUCAUGUGUCGCAAGGAAGUUGGCAGCCCAAGUUACAACUUCGGCGACAGAUGCGGGGUGCAUCCAGCAGAGCUUGA